CACUCGUCAUCUCCGACACGGUUCUAUAACCACAGUCCUUCACAAUCAUCGAAGUAAUUCUCUCUAAAUCUCUAGUCCCAACCGCUGUCCCAUGACAAAGUCAAAAGAUCGCGAUUCCGUGGCGUCAGAUCCUCCGCUGUGUUUGGCUGGUCGCAUGGCUUAGUGAACUCGGGACCUCUCCACGUUACGACUGCAGCUCAGCUCGACCUUGACCAUGGAGGUUCAAAAUGGUGGACACAUCAAGGCGGCAUGGGAUGGACACAGAUUCCUCACUUUAAGAGAACUAGGGCAAGGAAGAACAGUGCGAUGUGGCCCCAGUCUGCAACGACCUUGUAUUUUAUUCUAACACUCGUCUCCGCGAUACCUGCAAUCACAUAUGCGAGUCACUUCCGAGGUGCUACAAUCAGCUGGAGAUGCCACAAAAACGACCACCUGAAGGUUGAGUUUUACUACCGGUCAGCGUGGAGACUGGGAACUGGGCCCUGUGGUCCACGGUGCAGUGUCAGACACGUUGGUCAAGAGGGAACCUUUAUUAUGGGAUCCUGGAAGUGUUACUCAGGACCAGGUUGUCUGCGUUCCAGACACUUGUCAAACCACGUGUACACGGUGACAGCUGUCAGCACCACAGAAUACUAUGAGGAGGGCGAGAGAGCGUUUGAUUACACCUUUCAAACCUUUGGACGCUAUGUGCUCGGUUUUACGGGGUCGGCGUGGAUCGGUCUGACAGAGCGUGGUGGAGAGGCGUUCAGUGUCCUCACACAGGUAAACCUAGGCUACCGCAGUGACGUCAACAAGCCCAACUCCAGUCCCCAGUCCUAUGGAUUGAUGGCAUACAGGAUAAAUGUCUGCCGUGGAUGUGACGCCACCAUAGAGUUCCCGGUGCUGGACCCAGAGGGUGAUUUUGUCCGGUGCCGCUGGGGGCGCGGCGAUACGGAGUGCGGCAGCGUGUGCGGCAGGCUGAAAGGGGCCAUUUUGUACGACAACUGCACGUUGUAUAUACCCAACACCGAUGUUUUUAAUCAUGGCGAUUUGUAUGCCGUCGCGCUGAUCAUUGAAGAUUUCCCGCGCAGACCUAUCACGCUAGGUGGAGCCACGAAGAAUGAUGAGACUCCGCUGUCUGCUGUACCUUUACAGGGUUCUUACAGCGAGAAUUUCUUUUUCAUGGCGACCAUUCUGUGUUGCCAAGCUGUCUCAGUUUUGAUCAAAGCAUUGGAAAUUGGCAGCUAUGACGACAUCCCUGUCUUGUUGAAGUCUGGACUGUCUUCCGGUCCAACAGCCAUCGCGCCGGCUGCGAGCUUCCACAGGAGGGUCCGAAUUCUAAGCCGGUUCCCCAUAGAUGAAUUUAUCCUGCUAGCGCCGUACGGUGUCACGAGAACUCCCGUGGAGCAGAUGUCUGAGAAUAUGUAUUUUGUUGAUAUUUCGUGGACGCCGAUGGCAAACCAAACUGGCUAUUUCACUAUUGGCUGUCAGGCAGUGAAUAUAAGAGGCAUUUCAAGCGAUUUCCUUUACGAGACUGUUAUGGCGAACGAUCUUGACGAGUGUAUUAACCGCCCAUGCCUGAAUGGGAAAUGCGUGGAUUUAUAUCGUAUGUUCUACUGCGCCUGUUAUGCCGGGUGGACGGGAACACUUUGUGAAACGGACAUAAACGAGUGUGAAAGCGACCCUUGCCAUAACGGAGCCACGUGCCACGACGAAGUCAAUGGAUUCUACUGCGCAUGCGUAGCAGGCUUCACAGGAGUUUUCUGUGAGACGGAAAUGAACGAAUGUAGCAGCAACCCGUGUUUCAAUGGCGGAACAUGUAAUGAUAUGGUGAAUAUGUUUAGCUGCGCAUGCAAAAAUGAUACAACUGGUGUAUUAUGCCAAACACGGAUUCCAUCAAUGCAUAAUGAGUGCUCUGUGUCUACUGACUGUUUAAACGGUGGGACGUGCAUGUUUUCGGGGAAUAAUUAUAUUUGCACAUGCGCGCCAGGCUAUACUGGAGAAUUGUGUGAAACGGAGAUUGACGAAUGUUCCAGUCGGCCAUGCUUGAAUUGUGGGGUGUGUCAGGGCGGCAUGGACACUUUCACGUGCGACUGUCCCCUUGGUUACACAGGAGAAGUGUGCGAAACAGACAUAGAUGAGUGUGCUAUAAAUCCAUGUUUCAAUGGAGGGACGUGUCAGGAGAAUAUCGGUGGUUUUACCUGUACGUGUGGCCAAGGUUGGGUAGGCAGCACCUGUCAAGCUCCCGACCUGUGUGUGGACAAUCCGUGUCAAAAUGGCGGUACUUGCACAAAUGUGGGCGGAUCCUUCAGCUGUAACUGUGAGCAACCGUGGACAGGUACCUCAUGUGAUGACUUGCAGGUUUAUCCUUCAUGCGAUUACCAACAGUUUAACGACCACGUGGUGUUAUCCUUGGAAGAAGAUUUUGACGGGGUGGACCGAUUCCUCUUCCUCGACGGAAAAUCUGAAGAGGAAUGUGCGCUCGAGUGCAGCAAGGAGACGCGCUGUGUUGCUUACACCUUUAUACGAUAUUUGACGCCUGUGGCACCACCUAUUGACUAUGAAGCACACCAAAAAUGCGGAAAUAUUUAUCAACAGACAGUUGAACGUGCAGCGAACGAGUCAUACAGUGAAGUCCCAGUUGAGAGUGACUUGGAAACCGUGAUGGAAAAUGAUACACUACACGUUGUGACACGAAGCAACGAAAGUCACCAACAGGUGACUAAAACUGGUGUAUUGAUAAUACGUCGCCAACUUUCGGAGGAUACGGCAAAUGCAUGUUUUGGGACAAGCUCUCGCUCCAGGCGUUUGAACGGAUUCUUUGACUCUUCGGGAGAAGUGAAAGCUGUAAGUGGAGUCAAGAAUAAGUGCACCACAAACAAAGUUGUCGUCGGAUCUCCCCUGUGUCCGUCAGAGAACCAAGUGCCCAUACAGUGUGGAUGUAUAAACAGGGAUACCCCCGGCGGUUGUAUACCACGGCUGCACCGAGGUCUCUUUGGCGGGCCGUUGGUUUGCGACGCUCGUGCCGUUGGAAGUGGGAUGAACACCGAUAAUGUUUUAUCUAUUCUAACAUGCGCCGAAGAAUGCAAGCACUCAAGAGUACACUACCAAGAAUUCAAACAGAACCUUGGAGAUUUAGAAGAUACUACUUUCAAGCCUUCAGUACGUUGUCCUGCAGAACUGGUGGCACCUGUGAUUCUAGGAUGCACUAUAUUUACGACAGGGGUUAUUGAUCCCAUAAAUAAACAUUACAAAGAAUAA